UGUCAGUGGUCUCACGUUAUGGAUACUCCCAGGAAAAGGGCUGAUACAUGUAAUCAACAUGAAAUGUCAAUAUAGAACCUGCAUUUGGUUUGAAUAUACAUGUAGAACGGGAAUUCUGAAUUUUACGUGCUUCAAAUAUGAACGUCAUGUAUUUAUUCAUUCUGUGUCUUUAAUAAGGUAGAGUAGUAACACAAACAUGGAGAUAAGACGUGACUUUCGACGGAUGCUGUACAUUCUGGUUGUGACACACGUAGCAAUAUCAACAUACAUUCUGCUAAAUCUCCAACCCAAUUUAGAACAUAUGGAAAAAGACGCACUUCAAGGACUUUCCAUUCGAACACUCCACCAAUAUCAAAGCGCAAAGAAUGUAGCAAGACCUGUCAAUGGUACCAGAUCGGUCAUUAUUCUCUCUUAUCAGCGUAGCGGAUCUUCAAUGUUGGGGGAACUGUUUAAUCAGAAUCCAGAGGCAUUCUAUUUGUUCGAGCCCCUGUGGGGAGUUGUACACGGGAAACUGAAGUAUGGGGCCAAAGUGAAAGGAGUCACUUACCCUAAUGGAACUAAACGAAUUCUACCGCCAGAUGGUUUAAAAACCCGUUUCUUGGUUGAUAUUGUUGACAGUCUCCUUCGCUGUCAAAUGUCGGACGUCCCUCUUGAAGUGCUUGCCAGCGAUCCUCCAGACCAUCAUUUUUUUAUCGACGUUGGAAGGCAUAAACAGCUACGCAAGUAUAGAAACUGUAUCGAUAGAGUUAAAAAACACAAAGAAACGUGUGUUCAACACCUUCAAGCCGCAUGUGCGAAGCACACCACUUUCAAAGCCUUCAAGAUUCUUCGCCUUAGUAUGCCAGAUUUGGCUCCCCUUUUGGAACGACAUCCAAAUCUUGUAAUCAUACACCUUAUACGGGAUCCCAGGGCUUCCCUGUUCUCUAGAAUAAACGCGGGAGAAAUACAGUGCGACAUUGACUUUGAAGCUCACACGCGUUGUCAUGAGAUGGAGAUGAAUAUUAGAGAACAGAAACGACUGGAACGGGUCUACCCAGGUCGUUUUAUGCAGGUACGCUAUGAAGAUAUUGCACUAGAUCCAAUAGCGUCGGGUGUAAACAUCUAUAACUUUCUGGGCAUGGAACUCUCACCUGCCGUGGAAAAGUGGUUGAAAAAUAACACAAUGCAUGGUAGUGAACGCAGUCAAAAUAAAACAAAGGAGAUAACAGUAUUAACUACAAGUACAUUCAGAAUUCCUUUGCCAGUACAAACAAGAAGCAUUCCGAUGAUUUUAGGACAAAAGAGUCGAAAUGAUACCCAUCGGGCAUUUCGUUUUGAAACGCACAAACAAAACUCCUCCGAGACUGCCCACUCAUGGAAAUACAACAUUCCAUUGGGUGUGGCCACACGAAUAGACGAUAUAUGCAAGGAUGUCAUCGCAGAUCUAGGAUAUGAAAGUUUUCCGGUCAUUUACAACAAAACAAAAGAAAAAAGGACCAAUGCUACAUCACAAGAUAUCCCAUUCCGUUUGCCUGUUAUCGUGGAGAAGUAUUUAGCGAGGCAAAGAGCAAUGAUUGAAAAGGCAAUUAAACAGAUUAGAAACACGAAUGCAAUUAAGGGCCGCAGCCAGGGGAGUUUUGGGAGGUUCAAACGACCCCCCUUGUUGCCGGGGGAAAGGUCCGCUCUGAGUAAAAUUUUGAGUUAAGUACACGAGGUUUCGUGGUAAAAGCUCCACUUUUUUUUUAGAAAUAAAAGUUAAGUAACACAAAAAAUAAUAUCGCUUUCCUAAGAAAUAAAAAAGGAUUUCAGCCUGCGCGGACGCCUAAAACCAGUUGAGGGUGUUAUUGUGUCUGAUAUCUGUUAUUUUGCACUUGGACGUCUGGAAUAUCGAACACUAUAAUUUAUCUAAAAUGUAUAUGGUCAU